AUGGACGAAUCAGAAGAUAAUAUGAGUGCAGAAGAGUUAAAAUAUCUUGAUAGUCCGACUCUUGUAAAAGGUAAACCUAAAAAGAGAUCUAUUGUUGAAAGGGAAUUAGAAACAAACUUGACAGCUAGAGUGACAUCUCCUAUAACAAAUGGAGAAAGCAGUAGUACCAGCCGCUAUGGUAGGUCACGUCGUCUCAAAACUGACAUAGACUCUAGUGAUUCUGAGCGAUCAGUUACAAAAAUGCUAAAAUCACCUAAAUUUGAAAAAUCCCCUGCUAAAGCACAAUCACCGGCUUACAAAAUGCAUGCCUCAAACUCCCCAAUAAGAGGUGAAACACCAAUGCGAACACCCACUGUUGAAAAUAAAUUGGACACUCAGAUCGAGAAUAUAUAUAAUGAAAAUAUAUCAUUAAGUCGCUUCAGUUCUGAGGAGAAACAGGAUAUUUCUCCAGUAAAGAAGUUUCCUAAAGUGUAUAUAAGAAAAGAUCUAAUUCAAACUAAAAAUAAAGAAAAAGAAGAAACAGUUGUAUUGAUAAAAAACAUCUUUUCUCCUGUUAAAAGAACAUCAAGUGAUAUCCAUAUAGGAAAUAUUUUAGAAAGGCCUUCAGAGAAAUAUAGUGUAGGUAGUAUAAAGCAACAAAAUGGGUAUCUGAAUACAUCAUCUGUGGUAAAAACUUUGGACUUUGAUGGUAAUAAAAGGAAAAAGAGGGAAAAUAAGGAGGGUAAAACAUCUCUGUCUAAAAGCGAAAUAUUUGAGAUGGAAGCCAGAUGUGAAUAUCAAGUAGGAGAUUUAGCUUGGGCUAGGAUGGGGACAUACCCAUUUUGGCCAUGUAUAAUAUCAAGAGAUCCUAUCAGUGGAACAUUUGUAAAAAAGAAGUUGUUUGGUCGCAUAGAACAUGAUGUACUACAUGUCACAUUCUUUGGUGACAACGGCCGUCGUGGAUGGAUAGUGGACAACAUGCUUAGAAAGUUUUUGGGACAGCUCGAAUUUGAGACUACAAGAGAAAAGUUCACUUCUGAGGUAAAGAAACGUGAUCCAAGACUAUAUGCAGCUUUCUUUAUAUCAGAGAAGAAGCUACCGCAAUGGACCAUAUCAGUGGAAGAAGCUGAAGCGUUACUGCGUGAACCAAAGAGAUUUCGUAUUGAUAUUUUACAUGAUAUGCUUGAAAAAUCUAGAGCAUUUAAAACAACACCAAAAAUAGAAAAAAGCAAAAAAGUAUCUAGAACUAACAGUGAUGUCUCUUUAAGUGAGAGUUUGUAUGACACUUUGUUUUCUGAAGAUGAUAGUAAAAAUAAUGACACUGAACGGUCUAAAAGUAAAACCAGGAAUAAGUCUUUAGAUGUGUCAGAAGUUGUGACCGCAUGUCUUGACAACAUGGCUGCCAAAACUGGUAUAACUAAAAUUCAAAGACAAUCUCAUAUGGAUCGGUGGCUACAAAAAGCGAAGUCUAAGACACCUGAGAAAUCGUUUUUUAAAGUACAAUCUGUACAAAAGACUGACAAAGAAUCAAAAUCCAUUAAUGUCAAACAGAGAAGAUCAACAUCAAAAGACUCUCAAUUAAAAAAGUCACUAAGCCUAAAAAGAAGUGGAAAAGAAUCUCAAGACGAAAUUGAGAGGAAACUUUCACAUCAGAAUGAACAUGACUAUAGCAAGCAAAAUGUUCAAGAGUUAAGUGAAAGCUCUAUUGUUGUAGAUGAAAUCAAUCAUGUCAAUGCUAAUGAUUUUGAUCAAAGUGUAAAUUUAGAACAAAUAAGUUCAGGUAUAUGUGUUGUAGAAAGGGUUGAAAGUCUCUGCAGUAACAUAGGUGAAGAUGAAAAGUCUAAUAAACAAAAUGAUGUAUCAAUGACCGUUGUAAAUGAAGAAUUUGUUGCCACGGAGAAUAUUCAUGAAGAUGAAUUUAUAGAAACUUUUUCAAAUAAAACAAAUACUACAUUAAAUGACACUGAACCAAUGCAAAUAGACAUGUAUGAUUCAAAUGUAAACGAAAGUAAUUACUUACCUGUAGAAAGUGAAAAGCCAUUAACUAUUAAUAAUUCAGACAAUUUAAGUAAAGUUGUAAAUGAUAUACCUAUAGACAAAAAUAAUGAAAUAGUUAUGAAUAAUACCGCUUUACCAUUGUUGGAAACGGAUUGCACUAAAAACAUUGAUGAAAGGUCAAUUGAUAUAAUGGUAGUUAAUGAAGAACAUGAAAAGGUUAAAGACAGAGAAAAUAUAUAUAGUUUGAAGGAAAUUAGUGAUGAAAGUAAAAUACAAAAUACAACAGCACCAAUUAUUGAAACAGAUCGUUCACCAGAAGUAAUUAGCGAAAGCAAGAGUAAAAGUGUAGAAGACGAAAACGACGAUAUUCAAUUAACUGAAGACAGUGAAGUUCAUAAUUUUAUAAAAGAUAGUUUACUCAUUAGUGAAUCAGAAGAAGAACAAUGCGCAGACAUACUAAGAGAGUCUGGUGAAAAUUGUAUAGAAAAAGUUCAAGUAUUAAAAUCUGAUAGUAAAUCAUGUAAUUUUCUAGAUGAUAUAGUUAAUAAAAUCGAAUCGAACCAGAAAUUAGAAAAUGUAUUGUUAGACAUAACCAAAGGAGACAUAAGGAAAUCUAAUCAAAUUGUUUAUAAUACAAAUGAACUAGAAAGGAAUAUAGAAACUGAAGAUCAUAAUUUAAUAUCCAAUAAAGAAUUGGUUAAAGAUUUUAAUCAAGAAAAUGAAAAUUGUGUUUUAAUAUAUAGUAGUAAAGAAACUGCUGUUGUGGAAGCACCUACAUCUACACAUCAUGAAAAUAGUAUCAGCUUUGUUAGUAACUCUAAUUAUAAUGAAACUUCUGUAAGUAACAAAUAUAUCGCACCAGUAGGUAUAGUACCUAUUAAAGAAAAUGAUCCACCUAAAAAUAUUAAGGAGAAAUGUAUCAUUAAUAAUAUUGAGAAGUCAGAUGCAGUCAACAGGGACUAUAUGCAUACAGAAUAUACAAACAAGACAUUAAAUAACAAUUAUGAAAAUGGUUUUGGGGUUGAUGAAAUAAAAAUAAAUAAUAAUGCAGAAAAAAUUCCUCAGACUAAAUGCCUGCCAGAUAAUUUGGGAGAAAUUUCUCAAAUAAAAAAUUUACCGAAUGAUACAGCGGGGAGUGAAAAAACUACUGAGGAUAGAGAUCACAAACCUAAAGAAGGAAAGGAGCUCUCUUGUAUGCACAAUGCUCCUGUUGAUGAAAGUUGUAGCUUGGAAAAUAAUUAUGAAGAAAAGACGCUUACAAGCAAACAUUAUCAUAGAAAUUCAGAUGGAGAAAUUCAAUCUGUAGAUUCAUGUAAUACUGAAAAAUUAUUAAACUCCAAUGAUCCUGAGAUCGAAUUCGAUUCUGUCAAUGAUGUCAACACAAAAGAUAAUUCCGAUCAGAAAAAUAUCGAUAACUGUUUUGAUUCUCUAUCUAUAAAUUCAGAACGUAAUGAAGGUAAACGAAAACUUCGUACUAAACUCGAUAGAUAUGUUGAUAAAAUGUCAGACAAAUCUUUAAAAAGAGAACUAGAAGAUCCUGAGUUUUUAAAAUACUUGGAGCUACGUCAAGACGCUUUAAUUGAUGAAAAUCCUCAACUAUCUCAUGAAGAAAUAACAAAUUACUUGUACAAAACCUGGCUGUAUGAAGAAAGCGUGAAAUCUGACAGGAAAAAGACUGAUGAUAUUGAACAGGCGACCUUAGUAAAAGGCUUGAAUCAGGAGCCAAUACAACCGAAAAAGUUGAAGAAAAAGGCGAAGGUUGAAAAGGAAUUGAACGAUUCCGAGGAGUUUAUUCCUAAAUCAAAACCAAAACGAAAGACCGUAAAACCGCAUUACAGCGAAGAGCAUUCGGAUAUAGAAAAUGAAUUAGAACUGUUUGAAAUAUUUGAAAACAAAUCCAAUGCUCCGCUUAAAUCAAAUACAUCUUGCGUCGAAAAUGAAUCUGUAAACACUGAGACUCUUGAUAAUGCAGAACCAUUCAAUGGUGAUGAAUUUGACCAAGUGGAGGAAUAUUUUCAACAGCUCACUAAACCAAAGCCAAAUUUAUUUAAAGGCUUAUUAAGAGAAAAGGUAUGCGAAGUGUGUGAGAAAGUAGGGAACCUUGUUAAAUGUAAAGGAUGUAACGCCAUGUUCCAUAUAGAGUGUAAUAAAAAAGAAACGGAAAUAAUUAUAGAAGCACAAUUACCAACCAAAGGGAGAAAAAGGAAAAAGAGAAACAGAGGUCGGAAGCAGAAGACAUCAGAAGACUCCAACAGUUUAGAUCAGGGUAGUCAAAGCGAUGACAAAUCUCAGGACUUGAAUGCUUCCGAAGAAAAUCUUAAUGUAUCAAUGGAAGAUAUUGAAUCUGAAUCUCAUAUAGUUGUAGACGCAGAAAACUUGGAAGCUAAAUUAUGUGCCAAAAUGAAGGAAAUGUUUGACACAUUAGAAAACCAAUAUUUGGUGGAUUCAAGUGAAAAUGAACUUGAUUGGAGCGACACUGAAGUUGGUAAAUGUAAAAUAAUUGAUAUAGACCCACCAUUAAAGAGUAGGAGCUCUGAUGCAACAGAUAAUACUGAUUUUAAAUGCAAUAACUGUCAAGAAUACAGCAUACCAGUGUGCUUUGUUUGUAAAUCUGCUACAUCACCAAAAGAGGGUAUUGAGUAUAGACAGAGAUGUCAGGUAGCCCACUGUAACAGGUACUAUCAUUUGGAAUGCUUAGAUCACUGGCCUCAAACUCAAUUCCAUUCUGGGGAAUCUUCCAGCAAUAGUAAGAAGAUAAAAGGAUAUUUUGAACCUAUGUCAUGUCCAAGACAUGUGUGCCAUACUUGCGUUUCUGAUGACCCCAGAGGUUGUAAAACUAGGUUUAGUGGUGAUAAACUUGCCCGUUGUGUUCGAUGUCCAGCCACUUAUCACUCAUUCACCAAGUGCCUUCCAGCUGGCACUCAGAUUUUGACUGGAUCACACAUAAUCUGUCCAAGACAUUAUGAGCAUAAUAGACCAGGCAAAGUACCCUGUCACGUAAACACUGGCUGGUGUUUCAUUUGUGCCCUUGGCGGAUCCCUGAUUUGUUGUGAAUACUGCCCCACUUCAUUCCAUGCUGAGUGCCUUAAUAUUAAACCUCCGGAAGGUGGCUAUAUGUGUGAAGACUGUGAAACUGGUCGUCUACCGCUUUACGGAGAAAUGGUGUGGGUGAAACUUGGUCAUUAUAGAUGGUGGCCAGGAAUAAUUCUACAUCCAUCAGAAAUACCCGCUAACAUACUUGCCGUUAAACAUUCACCUGGCGAGUUUGUGGUUCGAUUCUUCGGCCAGUAUGACCACUACUGGGUCAACAGGGGUCGCGUCUUUCCAUUUCAGGAAGGUGAUUCCGGCAAAGUGUCGAGUCAGAAGUCAAAAAUAGAUGCGGCGUUUUCAAUGGCAAUGGAACACGCACAGAGGGCGUGUGAGAUAUUAAAAAAUGCAUCUCUAAAUGAUGAGGAAUCAAUAGACAUUGCUUCCUCCCUGCUGCCUCCGCAUUAUGUUAAAUUGAAAGUGAACAAGCCAUGUGGAUCUCUUUGUGGAAAACGGGUGGAUAUAGAAGAGAGCUCCCUUACACAGUGUGAAUGUAAUCCUGAUGAGGAAGACCCUUGUGGGCUUUAUUCACAGUGUUUAAACAGAAUGCUUCUAACAGAAUGCGGUCCAUCCUGCCGGGCAGGGGACCGCUGUAAUAACCGGGCCUUUGAGAAACGUCUCUACCCCAAGCUAGUACCAUAUAGAACUCCACACAGAGGCUGGGGGCUGAAAACUCUCGAGGAUAUAAAAUCAGGGCAAUUUGUGAUAGAAUAUGUCGGUGAGCUUAUUGAUGAAGAAGAAUUUAAACGACGCAUGGUAAGGAAACACGAGAUACGGGACGAGAAUUAUUACUUUCUCACUCUGGACAAGGAGAGAAUGAUUGAUGCUGGACCAAAGGGCAACCUGGCUAGGUUUAUGAAUCAUUGUUGUGAGCCCAACUGUGAGACUCAAAAGUGGACCGUAUUGGGGGACGUUAGAGUGGGAUUGUUUGCACUACAUGAUAUACCUGCAAAUAGUGAAGUCACAUUCAACUACAACUUGCAAUGUGCGGGUAUCGAAAAGAAGCGGUGUUUGUGCGGUGCGAAGAGAUGUUCCGGAUACAUUGGAGCAAAGCCUAAGCAGACUGAUCCACAACCAAAGAAGAACAGAAAAGAGGUGCCCGUAAAACGUACAUACAAAAAACGUAAAAACAUAGAGUUGUCACCGUCUAUAAAAAACAAUCCAGUUAAAAGUAGAGCCUCCCGCUCUAAGCCGAGGGAACUGACGGAGAUAGAGAAGGAUUUGUUGAUAAUCAAGAAUGCAACAAACGGAAUAUCUAGUGACUCGGACUGCAGUGGAAGAUUAAGUAGUAUAGACAGUAGCAAAGAGACAAGAGCCCUCAAAAGACGGAGAGUUGGUUUUUCAACGGAGGAUGUCACAUUAUUAAAUGGCUUAAACUCCCCAAGCACGAAAAGGUUUAAAAUGGACGAAAAGAUUGAAGUUGGCGAUUGA